UACAAAGUUGAAUUAUUCGGUUUCCUAAUGUGUCGGGUCAAGAGUGUAUCCCCUGAACAGUGUACUUGCUUCUAUGCAAUAUGGUGUAUGGUAUGGGGAACUUUAAUCGGGAGUGGAUAUACGCUGAUUCUUAUUGCCGAACAAUUGAAACUGACACGUACAAUGCAAUUGCAUCAAAGAAUGUUGUCUAUAGCCUUUGCGAUUUUGGGAUUGUCUUAUCUUUUAGCCGGUGCAUUAAUAUACAUCGGUAUGGAAUGCAACAAGUGGGUUGCUUUUAAAUGUGGAAAGUUAUUGAGCUAUGCAUUCGCAAUGGCUUCCCUCCCGGUUCUAUUGUUUACAAUUGUACAUUUCUCCACCAUGCGAUGCUUGUGUCAAUACAUGAGGAGACGCUGGAAAAAAGGCUAAGGGCGCUUAGAAAAUAAAAAGAACAACGUAUCUUGUUAUUAUUAGUUAAAAGAAAACGUAUGCGGAGUUUAUAAUAUAAUAUUGAAAAUAUGCCGUAGGAAAAAGGAGUAACAUCUCAUCAUGUUUUAUUCCAUUUGAGGCAGGCGAGGUGGCCCCAUUCGAGUGGAGGCGAAUCCAUUCCGCACUCAACAGGUUGGGCGCUUGGUGCCUUGCAUGCGGGCUGAUCCAAUCUGGAAACGAAGCCAUUACAAUCGGAGGUCGUGUCUGCUCAAUUGGAGUUGUCGUAAACGCGAGUCGGCAUUAAGGUCUGCUCCCCUCUUCCUCCUCCGAGGGGAGCAACUUGAGCAAAUGCAAAUAUCAUAAUUUCCGACAGCCCAUCUGCGAGGGAACCGAAAGGAGGGGAGUAGGCCACAAAUGGCGGCCCACCUCCGGAUCCACCUCCUCAUCCGCCUUCCUGAGGCCAGGCCACCGUUACGAGGGCAGGACAAAUAAAAUUGUUUCGUCACGCCACCGCGAAGGUUGCCAGCCGCUGGCGAAAUGAGGAUGGCACACGCAAGACCAAAAAGUCCUGGAACGGAACCAACUCCCUCUAGCCAGGCACAAGGAACUCCAAUCCCAGGCCAAGCCCCACCUUCCCUCACGUGCUCCAUCUUUACGACCUGCUCAAACAUCAAGCUUAUUUAUUUACUCUAAAAACAAUACCGGAAAAUUAAUAGCAAUUUGUUGGGGUUCAUAAAUUUGUCGAAAUAAAUGUCCUUAACU